UCAACACUCAAUGUGUCAUUUCCUUUCUUCAUGUAUCAGAUGCUGAAAUACUGUGUGAUAAAGAUUUUAAGUUUCAAUUGUAAAUAGAGGGAAGUGGAUAAAUCAGUUCAGCCGUCUUUAGGACAAACGAAGUAUGGAACGGUGGGAUACCUUUCCUGAUCAAGAGGACGACGCUGAUAACUUUUCAGAAUCUGUGAAGUUUGAUGCUCGCUCAAUGACAGCUUUGCUACCUCUUAAUCCUAAAAAUGGCCCCACCCUUCAAGAGAAACUGAAGUCCUUCAAAGCUGCACUGAUUGCCCUUUAUCUUCUUGUGUUUAUAAUUCUCAUACCAAUCAUUGGAAUCGUGACAGCUCAAUUCCUAACGUGGGACAUGAAGAAUUGCACCGUUGGUUCAAUUUAUGCCAAUGGCAUAUCUCAAAGUCUCAUCAGAAAAGAAAAUGGCAGCGAAGAUGAAAUGAAAUUUCAAGUUGUUACAGAAAACCUGAGGAACAUGGAGAAGAGAAUCCAGUAUAUUUCAGAUACACAAGCCGAUCUCAUAGAUUCAGAGCAUUUCCAGAAUUUCAGUGUAAUGACUGAUCAGAGAUUUAACGAUGUGCUUCUCCAGCUGAGCACCUUGGUUUCAUCAUUCCAGGAACAUGGAAAUACAACAGAUGAAAUCUCCAAAUCAUUAGUAACUCUGAAUACCACAUUGCUUGCUUUGCAGCUCAACAUUGCAACACUGAAUGACAAAGUCCAAGACAAUGCAUUAAAACAACAAGAGGAGAUGAGUAAGUUAGAGGAGCGUGUGUACAAUGCAUCAGCAGAAAUUAUGUCUACGAAAGAAAAACAAGUGCAUUUGGAACAGGAAAUAAAAGGAGAAGUGAAAUUAUUGAAUAACAUCACUAAUGAUCUCAGACUGAAAGAUUGGGAACAUUCUCAGACAUUGAAAAAUAUCACUUUAAUUCAAGGUCCUCCUGGACGCCCAGGUGAAAAAGGCGACAGAGGUCUCCCUGGAGCAGAUGGUCCACGAGGCAUUCCGGGUCCAAUAGGUCCUCCAGGUCCUAAAGGUGAUCGGGGAUCGAUUGGCUUUCCUGGAAGUCGAGGAUUAUCAGGACCACCGGGGAGGUCUGGGAGGCCAGGAAAUCCUGGACAAAAAGGCCAGAAGGGGGAAAGAGGGAGUGGAAGCAUGAAAAAGUAGGACAUACAGACACACAGUGAAGACUAUGUGAAGACAGAGGCAGAAAUUGGAGUGAUACAACUGGAAGCCGAGAAGCCACUAGAAGCUAGGAAAACUCAAGAAAAGAUUUCUUCUGAGCCUUCAAAGGGAGCAUCGCCCUGCCAACAUUUUGAUUUCCAACUUCUGGCCUCCAGAACUGUGAGAGAAUAAAUUUCUGUUGUUUGAAGACAUACAGCUGUGAUCAUUUGUUACAAUAGUCUUAGGAAACCAAUAUUCCUAGGCAUCGAGGGUGCUACUUUCUCUCCACACAUCACUCCAACAAUGGGCACCCAUCUCUCCCUUCAUUUGAGGAAGUACCCUAGCUACACACCUGGGGAUCUAAGAGAAUUUUACUGACAAUUUAAGCCUAAGAGGAAAAUAUAAGCACAAGCAUUUACAACGUAAAGUUAAACCUUAGACUUCAUUGUCUUCAAAUUCCCCAGCUACGGUAGCUUAGACACCAAAUUUUCUUCACUGGCCAGUUUCCUCAGUCUCUCCCCUGCCAUCAAAAUACUUUUGCAUAUUCCCUCUCCACUGAAAGGGAGGGGUCCCUUUAUUUUCUCUUCUUAUUUUAUCUCGUGAUUUCCAUAAUACUUCUCUCUCUUGACUUCCAAAGUAACAGAUUGAAACUAUUUUACAUUAUUUUUUCACAGAAAUUUAAACUACCAGGGAUGCCAAAAAAUGUAUACAUAAUUUAAGAGAUGUUAUCUUUGUAUUACUUUUCAAAGUUGAAUUACGGUAGCAAUGUGUAGUAUGACGUUCACUCAAAAGAUGGCGUUAAUCAAAUGAAUGCUAGCGUCACCAUGCGACAGGCAGGACAGUCAAAGAAAAUGGCAGAAGCACGGUUGUCGUUUGAGAAGCACAAGACCACCGAGACAUGAGUGCUUACCUCAAUGAGAAUUUGCCAGGACAAUGGAUAAGACAAAGAGGUACGGAUGAGUUUCCCCAUGUUCUCCUGACUUAACACCCCUUGACUUCUACCUAUGGGGGAUCUUAAAAGAAAACUGGCUACACUGGCGGGAAGAAGUGAAACGGCAUGCACAGUGAUACAAGUGGACACUUUGGUCAACGUUGCUCAAGCAGUAGUUCGCCGUAAUCAGAAGUGUCUGGAUGCUGAUGGUAACCACUUUGAGCACCUCUUGUAAUUGCAGAAGUCAAAUGUGACUUGUAUUCAUCUUUUGUUAUCGGUAUGCAUAGAGUAUUACAAUUUUAAUAGUUUUUUUCCUUUCUUAAAAUGUGUAUACAUUUGUUUGGCACCUUCUGUAUUUCUCCAAACAUCUGAUGUCUGUGUCACAGCUUUCAUAGCUAAAUACCUCAUUAAGAUAAUUAUCUUAAAUAACAAAAUCAAUUCCCUUUAAAAAAGAAUUUAACAUAUUGAAGGACUUCCAGGUCAACCUGCAACUAGAUUUUUUAAAAAAUUUUCUUUGUUACAUUUGGAACUCAAAUAUAAUAAUUACCAUUGUAAUAUAUUUAAUCCUAAAUACUAAUUCUAAUAAAUGAUACCAAAAAAUGACCAUAUGGUAAACAAUAUGAUAAUUGAAGUGAAAUUAUACUCCUUAAAAGUAAUUUUUAACCUCAGUUCCUCUCUGAAGCAACAGUAAUAGACACAGGCUAAAAAGCCCUCAGAGUUCAUAUACUUGCCGACUUAUCUUCUCAAAUUAGAAUGUUGCCUGUCUAAAGAGUUUAGCAAAUUCAUAAUAUCCUUUUCCUAACUUUUAAGGAAAGAUGUAUAUGUAGCACUUUUAUAAUUUACUUAGGACUCAUGCAUGGCUCCAUCAACAUGUCUGUGAAUGUGUUGACUUCUUUAGAUAAAAUAUAUUUCAAAUAUGAAGGAAAGAAGGAAAAACAUUUAUAACAUAUAGCUAAUAAAUAGUCAUGUACAAACCACCUGGAUUUUAGAGAUGUUGAAAUUUUACCAUAUUAACUAUAGGUAUUUGUUUUUUAAUAUAUAUAAUUUUAACUAAUACAGUUGAAGCUCUAUGUAUGCCUGCCUCACUUGCUUUUCCAGGGUAAAUCAUUAUCUUGGAAUUUAUAUGCUUCUCCAUUCAUGUUUUUAUACAUUUACUACAUAUAUAUGUAUGCAUAAACAAUAGAUUAUAUUUUUUGUGUUAUUUUGCAUAAAUGGAGCUAUCUCUCAUUCUGUGCUUGUCCUUUCUCCUCAAUUUUAUGAAUUUCAGCCUUGAGUCAUUGACACAUUACAACAGUAAAGGCAUUAGUGAAUAUCCAGAGACUACUUAUUUUAUUAAAUUAAUCUUAGUUAUUAAAAUAAUAUAAUUAUAUAAAAUUAGAAAAAUAUUACAUAUUCAAUUUCUGUCUUAUAUACAGAAUUACUGUUAGUAUGCUUGGAUACUUCCUUCAAGUCUUUUUAUAUGUCAAUUUAUUUUACAUAAUUGAAAUACAAUUUUUAAUCUUAAUAAAGUCACUUGAUAGCAUGUUAUCAUUCUU